ACACAAGUUAUCAGGGAGGCAACCGAAAAGGCAGUUCAUCUUCUUACAUCUUUUCUUUAUCUACAAUCCCCUUUAUCCGUCCUGUAUGGUGGAUAUUAUUUUCAGCUCUUCUUUCUUGGGUGAUAUGGGGGAUCAUUCCAAAAAGAAGCCAGGAUUCGCGAUGUGUGUAGGAUGUGGAAGUCAGAUCCAUGACCAGUACAUACUGAGAGUCUCUCCCGAUCUGGAGUGGCACGCAGCCUGUCUAAAGUGUGCCGAGUGCAGCCAGUACCUGGAUGAGACCUGCACUUGUUUCGUCCGGGACGGCAAAACCUACUGCAAAAGAGAUUAUGUAAGGCUGUUUGGAAUAAAAUGCGCAAAAUGUAACCUGGGGUUCAGCAGCAGCGAUUUGGUGAUGAGAGCUCGGGAUAACGUGUACCACAUCGAGUGUUUUCGCUGCUCCGUGUGCAGCAGGCAACUCCUGCCGGGAGACGAGUUUUCCCUCCGGGAAGAGGAGCUGCUGUGCCGGGCAGACCACAGCCUGCUGCUGGAGAGGAGCUCCGCGGGAAGCCCCGUCAGUCCCGGACACAUCCACUCCAACAGACCGCUGCACCUGGCAGAUCCUGUAACGGUGCGGCAGGCCCCGCAUCGGAACCACGUCCACAAGCAGUCGGAGAAGACAACGCGGGUCAGGACCGUGCUGAACGAGAAGCAGCUCCAUACGUUGCGGACCUGCUACAACGCCAACCCGAGGCCGGACGCGCUGAUGAAAGAACAGCUGGUGGAGAUGACUGGCCUGAGCCCAAGGGUGAUCCGGGUCUGGUUCCAGAACAAGCGCUGCAAAGACAAAAAAAAAUCCAUCCUCAUGAAGCAGCUCCAGCAGCAGCAGCAGAGUGAUAAGACUAACCUGCAGGGCCUCACAGGGACGCCACUUGUAGCUGGAAGUCCUAUCCGACAUGAGGGCAGCGUGCAGGGAAACCCAGUGGAGGUUCAGACCUACCAGCCUCCAUGGAAAGCCCUUAGUGAAUUCGCCCUGCAGAGUGACCUGGAUCAGCCAGCUUUUCAGCAACUGGUGUCUUUCUCUGAAUCGGGAUCUCUCGGGAACUCCUCUGGCAGCGACGUGACUUCUUUGUCCUCUCAGUUACCGGACACCCCGAACAGUAUGGUACCCAGCCCGGUGGAGACGUGAAACGGGGCCCCACAGACCUAAUGGUCUUCCCUCCUGCAAGGACAGUUGCAGCAUGAUCCCGGUCCCUUGCAUGUGACCAGCUCAUCACAUCGUUUCAGUGGGGAGAGCGUUUUCUUUAUUUCCUGACAUGCAGGAGUUGGAACCAAGAAAGCACCGAUUGACUCCGAUUUUUUUUUUUUUUUUUGGAGAUUUCAUUGACAAAAAAACUAAGCAGGACAAUUGUUGCAUGACUUGAUACGGAGAACGAAGAUGUACAGAAGACCUCCCGAUGGAUAUACUACAACAAACCAUCCGCCAGAAUCAAAUCGGAAACAUUUCCAUGUUGAUCCAGAUGGACAUUUUGCAAUUUAAUGUGAUCAUAUUGUGUCUUGUUUCUUCAACAUGAGAAUUUUUUGAUACAUUAAUUUCGUUGUCCAGUUGACCCUUUGUCUUAAGGUCAGAGCAUGAUAAUCUGCAAAGUAUUCGUGUUGUAAAAUAUCUUAAGGGCAGAAUACAGGUUGUUUGAGCUUCUCGAACAAAAAGUAAAUUAUUGGUAUAUUAUUUAUUGUUAGGAAAGCGAUUCGUUAAGGGAUUAUUAACUGGUAAAAAAAAUAAAAACA